AUGUCUCCCUCAGAAGAAGAGGACCAGAUACUAGAGGAGGCCUUGUCACACCAAUGCAGGAACAAGGUUCUCACUCCGUGGCAGAAAGAGCCAUGGCAGACGAAGCCACGGCAAACAGAACCACCUCUGUCCACCAGGGCGGAUCUGACCUCCAUGGUGGCGGAGCUUAAGGCCUUCUUUGCCUCCGAGAUGGCGGUGCUUAAGGAAGACCUGAAUAUGCUGGCCGGGCACGUACGAGCCACGGAGGAAAGCGUUCAUAAUCUACGAAUCAAACAAGACUCUACCACAGCACAAACGCUCGAAAUUGAAUGCCACAUGUGCACAGCUAAGCGCCAAGAUCGGGCAAUUAGAAGAUGCAACAAGACAAAGUAA